AGAAGAAGAAGAAGAAGAAGAAGAAGAAGAAGAAGAAGACGGCCAAAGCAAUUCCCAGAGAAGGAAGAAGCGUGCUGCCAGUAAGAGCGAGGAUAAAUUGCAGCGAAUGGAGUCUGCCCACCUUAGAAGGAUUCGUGUAAGGAAUGGUGACCGACCAUCUACAUCUUCUUCUUCCUCUUCUUCUUCUGAUGAUGAUGCUGAUGAAGAUGGGUCUGUGUCGAUGUCGGAGGACGCAAUAUACAGCGAGAAAGUGGAGCCGGAGUUUGAUGUGAUGAAAUCGAGUCUCCGAGCAUCGUAUAUGGAAUCGAACAGCGCCAUGAAGCCCAAGGCAGCCGAGGAUCAGAAGGAGAAGAAUGUAGAAAUGGAGCUUCCUGGUCGCGACGAAGUUGAGUUAAUGGGCGGAAAUGGAGGGCCAAGGCGGCCAAAGACAUUGCAAGCAGCUGAAACCAAGGGCUCGGUUACAGGGGUUGAGGUGAAGGGAAGUGAGGGGCCGAGGUUUAGUGACUUAGGUGGGAUGGAGAAGGUGAUAGAGGAGCUGAAGAUGGAGGUGAUUGUGCCGCUUCGCCAUCCGGAGCUGCCUCGGUGGCUCGGAGUUAGGCCAAUGUCUGGGAUUUUGUUGUACGGCCCUCCCGGGUGUGGCAAGACCAAAUUGGCUCAUGCCAUUGCCAAUGAAACCGGCAUUCCCUUUUAUAAAAUUUCUGCCACUGAAGUUGUCUCUGGUGUCUCAGGUGCAUCUGAAGAAAAUAUAAGAGAGCUUUUUUCUAAAGCUUAUAGAACUGCCCCUUCAAUUGUAUUUAUUGAUGAAAUUGAUGCAAUUGCUUCAAAAAGAGAAAGUUUGCAACGAGAAAUGGAGAGGCGAAUUGUGACACAACUAAUGACUUGCAUGGAUGAAUCUCAUAGGCUUGUACAACCGGCUGAUGCAAAUUCGGAUUCGCAAAGUUCCGAUAACAAGUCUGGCUAUGUUCUUGUUAUUGGAGCUACCAAUAGGCCUGAUGCUGUUGACCAUGCUCUGAGAAGGCCGGGGAGAUUUGACCGUGAGAUUGUUUUAGGUGUUCCAGAUGAAAAUGCGAGGAUUCAGAUACUUUCUGUGCUUACACGCAAUCUGAGACUUGAAGGUUCUUUUGAUCUUCUUAAAAUAGCCAGGUCUACACCAGGGUUUGUGGGGGCUGAUUUGGCAGCCCUGGCUGACAGGGCUGGUAACAUUGCCAUGAAAAGGAUUAUACACAAGAGGAAGACUUAUAUGUCCAUAGAUUCUAUGAAUGAGGAGUGCAAUGAAGAUUGGUGGAGGCAACCAUGGACCCCUGAAGAAAUGGAAAAGCUUACUAUCAGUAUGGCUGAUUUUCAGGAAGCAGUUCAAGUGGUUCAGCCUUCAUCAAAAAGAGAAGGCUUCUCUGCAAUUCCUAAUGUAAAAUGGGACGAUGUUGGCGGGUUAGAUCUUUUAAGACAGGAAUUUGAUCGUUAUAUAGUUAGGCGUGUUAAAUAUCCUGAGAACUAUGAGGUAAUU